AUGAGAAAAAUUUUGACAAAUUCUGAAUCUGUUGAUCGAAAUCAAAAAAUCGGAAAGCUGAAGAACCUUAUCGCAGAUUUUACCGCUAACUCCAACGAUGACGACGAUGAUGAACAACAACAGCAUCAACCGCAACAACGGCAAAAGCGGCAGCAUCAACGGCAACAUAAGCGGCAGAAAUUACAACAGCAACGAACAACAGAACCAACAACAAGCAGAAAAUCAGCAGAAACUACAACAACAGCAGUAGCACCAGAAGCAGCAGAAGCAAUAAAAGCAGCAGCAACUACAGCAACAAUUACAGCAACAGCAACAACAACAACAGCAACAGCAACAAAAACAACAGCAACAAUAUCGGAAUCAGCAACAAAAACAGCAGUAGCACCAGAAGCAGCAGCCACACCAAAAACACCAGCAGCAAUAGCGGAAUCAGUAACAAAAACAGCAGUAGCAGCAAUAAAAACAGCAGCAACUACAGCAUCAACAGCAACAAUUACCGCGUCAACAGCAACAACAAUAACAACAACAAUAGCACCAGCAACAGUAGCAGCAACGAAAACAACGGCAAUAAAAGCGGCACCUGCAACAAAAACAGCAGUAACACCAGCAGCAGCAAUUACAACAUCAACAGCAACAACAACAGCACCAGCACCAGCAACAAAAACAACAGCCACGAUAGCGGAAUUAGCAACAAAAAGAGUAGUAGCACCAGAAGCAGUAGCAGCAAUAAAAACAGCAGCAACUACAGCAACAAUUACAGCGUCAACAGCAACAAUAACAACAACAACAAUAGCGGCAUCAGCAGCAGCAAUGAAAGCAAUCAUACAACAUCAGAAACGUCAAAGCCACGUCGAUUUUUAA